AUCAUUGCAGAACGUUUCAGAUGAUUACCGAAAUUAAUGGUUUUUCUUUUAGAGAAGUUUUAUAAAGAAAGCUAAUGCAACAAGAUUUCAAAUAAUGCAUCCAAAUACUUGAGGCGAACUUUGAUCAAAAUUUGAUAACUUAAUCGGUGAUUAUUUUAUUUAAUUCAUUCUAUUAAAUAACAGCUUUUAAUUUAUUAACGUAAAUAGAAUUAUGAAGUGGGGAAAAAUUAGAUCAAAAAGGAGCAAUUACGUAGUUGGAAAUUCUAUUUUAAGUAAUUCCGGUAAGAGUUUCAUUCAUCACAUAACAGCAUAGCAUGAAUGAAUUGAUAGGCGUUGGGAGACUUGGGAGUUGAAAUGCGUCGCUGCGGUGCGCUUAGCGGAGCGGUGAGUGAAAAUGGCGACGACGCCCGAACGCGAAUGAGUUGAGACGUUGGCGGCAGUCGACGAAUGAUGAGAGAAACGCGAGCUACCAGGUGACAGCGGUCGCGUGGCCAAUUACUUCAAGAUGAUUGGCCGACGUUGCGCUCUAUUCGCCUUGAGCAUCCUUUUGAUCUUGGUCCUCAGUGUAAACCUCUACUUCAUCCGAAUGAUCGUCGAGAGUUCUUCUUCGCAUAGGCAAUACGGGAAAAAUUUUCCAGAACCCAAAGCCAGACAAGAUCUCUCCACCUCGCGAUUCAACGAUAAAGAUUCGCAGCUGCAAUUGAGGUCAAUUGCAAGGGAUAUAAGCGAGAAAGUCAAAGAGGAGAUUCGUACGCUGCCCUCCAAGUAUUUUAAACAGAAUACCAGCUACACUCUCGUUUUGGAACGAUUGCUGGCCGAGUUGACGAUAAUGCCAAAUGUCCGUGAAGAUAUCUGGAAUAUUCCCAAUAAUAAUUGGCCGGAUGCACAUCAGCUGAUUCCGCCGGCAGCACCGGAAUUGGGGACCAUUUUGGAAGUUUUACGAAGAUCUAGAGUGGUCCGUGCGGAUAAUGCUCCGCUAGGUACACAGCUGAAGCUUAUGCUUAAUCUCGAGAAUGAUGUAAAAGCGUUAUUUAAACCGCAAUGGUACUCCAGAGAUACUGUUUUGCAAGGACCAGUGUACCACGGCAAGGAUCGCCAUAAUGCUGAAGUGGUGGCUUUUCAUUUAUCAUCCUUGUUAGCACUGCGAAGAGUACCACUUGCCAUCAUUCGAAAACUUGACCUGAAACGAGAGGUUGGCAACCGCGCGACGCCGGCGUUAUACGCAACCAUGUAUCAAGAGGGUAAUGAUACAUGCCUAUACGGCGUUUGUCAUUAUUGUUCUCCAGCCGAUCCUGUCUGCGGAACGGGGGACGUAUUGGAGGGUGCCCUCAUUUUUUGGCUUCCGCGAUAUUUAAGACUGGUCAAGCAUCGUCAUCCUUGGCAGCGGACUUAUAAAAGAAACAAACUUGCUGCGUGGGAACUAGACGAGGGCUACUGUGAUAAAGUAAAAGACUCCAAGGCCUAUUCACCGCAAUCGUCGAGUAGACUCUUGGAUUUAAUCGAUACAGCGAUCUUUGACUUCCUUAUGGACAAUGGUGAUCGACAUCAUUAUGAACUCGCACAGAACAAUUUCCACAAUCCCGCGGUGCUGCUGAUCGAUAAUGGAAAAAGCUUAGGCAAUCCUGAUGUGGAUCACUUGGACAUAUUGGCACCUCUCUACCAGUGCUGCAUGAUUCAUAAAACUACGUGGGAUAGAUUGCGAUUAUUUAGUGGUGGAUCUCUAAGCAUCGCGUUAAAUAAACUCUUAGCAUAUGAAGCUGAAAUGUCAGGUGUUUCUCCACUUAUCACGAAGGCGCACUUGAGUGCCAUGGAUAGAAGACUGCUUACUGUUUACGCUGUAAUAGAAAAUUGCUUGAAGAAGAACAAAUACGUUUCUAAUGUGAUCUUCGAUCAUCGAUAGUUCAAGGACAAUUCUUAGAACGAGUUAAAAUUUUAGAUAUAAAAAUGUUUCUUGUAAAAAUAUAUAGAAAUAAAAAUUAUUUAAAUUUAAUUAAAAACUAAUAAAUAAAAUGAAUAAGAUGAGAUAAAGAGAUAAAAAAAAAGACUUAAAAUACACAUUCUUUUGUAAAAAAUAUAGAAAAAUAUAAGAAAAUAAAAAAAUCUUAGUUUAUUUCAAA